GACGAGGAGGAAGCUAACCGGAAGAACUCCACUCCAUAGCAAUGUGUACUGUCCACAUGUGCCUCCACGAACACUGCGCACCGUUUAAUGUUCAGUAGGAGUAUACAAGAGGUGUUACAGCGAAAUGAAAGCUGGACAAGUCCUGUAGCUCCUUUAAGACACUGUUAGAAAAUGCUAAGUGAUUCUGAGGCUGCAGAGCUGCUCUCCUUCCUAACCCCCAGUACACGCCCGGAUGUCAAAGCUGGGGCCACAGAGUGCAUCCUGGGACUGUCUGGACACAGGGAUGGCUGCCGCUUCCUCCGCUCUAAACCUGACUUACUGGCUGCCCUGUUUGCUCUGACUUGUGAUCCCUCUAUUGCUAUAGUGAAGGACUGUUACCACAUCUUCAUCAACCUGUCAGCUGACGAGACCCUGCACCAGGUUUUGGUGGCGGAUGGCAAAGUUGUGCCAGUAUUGUUAAAGAACCUUCUGGAUCCAGAGUACCCGUUCUCUGAUCAGAUCUGCACCAUCCUGUCCAAUUUGACCCGCCAUGAGAAGACCUGCAAGACUGUGUUCAAGGCCAUCCAGGAGGGGCCUGGUCUGACUCAGCUGGUGGAGAUCUUCUGUACUGAAGGUUACAACAAGAAGGCCAAGCUCCACUACAUGGGUCCUCUGCUGUCCAACCUGACACAGCUGUCUGAGGCCAGAAACUACAUAAUGGACAAGGACAGCAAUUUGCAAGUGCAAAUUGGGUGUGUAGUCCAGAGGCUGUUGCCCUUCACUCAAUACCAGGCGUCGAGUGUGAGGAGGGGCGGCGUCAUAGGCACCCUGCGCAACUGUUGCUUUGACCACGCUCAUCAUGAGUGGUUGCUAAGCGAUGCCGUGGACAUACUGCCGUUCCUCCUGCUGCCGCUGGCCGGUCCAGAGGAGCUGACAGAGGAAGAAAAUGAGGGUUUGCCUGUGGACCUGCAGUACCUCCCAGAGGACAAGAAGCGAGAAGAAGACCCCGACAUCAGGAAGAUGCUGCUGGAAAUACUUUUACUGCUGACUGCGACCAAAAGCAGCCGGCUAACGCUAAAAGAGAAGAACGUUUAUCCAAUCAUGAGAGAGUAUCACCACUGGGAGAAGGACAUCCAUGUCAGAGCAGCCUGUGAGAAACUGGUCCAGGUGCUGAUAGGAGACGAGCCAGAGCAGGGGAUGGAGAACCUGAUGGAGGUGGAGAUACCUGAGGAUGUGGAGAAGAAACUGAAGGAGGCUGACAUCAGAGAAGAGCAGGAACUGCAGAAAGAGCAGGAACAGAUGAGACAGGAGGAGGAGGAGGAAAAGAAAAAGAACAGUAGUAACGCAGAGGGAACAGACGAAGGACGGGAGGACGGACUGAUUCGAUAAACCCUCUCUUUAGACCGGGAAUUUGUAAGAUUUGUGGCUUCACCUCCUUGUGCACUUGGAUGGUUUUUCAUCAUUCAUGCACGGCUGUCACUUAAACGUUCAUUACAGCUCUAUUCAGACAUGACGAGACAUUUUCAAAAAGAGCCACGUCGCCCCAGAGUGAGCUCUGUCCCUGCUGGAGAAGCUGACUGACAAGUAAAAAUGUUAAAAUAUGUUUUGUGUUUUCUCUGCUGCAGUGAUGAUGUGAGUGUGAGGGAUCCUCACGCUGCCACACUCGAUCCGCUUCCUCAUCAGUUUCAGCAUGUGUUUUCUUUUCUCCUUUGUCUCAGGAAGAAGAAGAUUUUAAAGAUGCAUCUGAUAUGAGAAGAAUUUCAACAACUUAAAAUCUGUUUAAUGUUUCUGCUUCUUAAACUGAUUUUAUUAUGAUUAUUCUGUUUAAAAAAAGGUGAAUUACGGAUGUA